UAUAAAGGCGCCUGUCGCAGUCGCCUAGCGGCCGCCAUUACAACAAAAACUGGCAGCGAGGAACCGCGGAGAACUGUUGGCCUGCGCCGCUUAAUUUUGUGCGGCCAAAAAGGGGCAGUCACGUACGGUCCGUUUUGUAAUAUACAGGUAACAUUACAGGUAAUGUACCCUCCAUAGGGGGUGUUGCCUUAGGCCGGCCCCGAGGUGCGGCCUUGGGUGGGAACAACCGUUUUUUUCCCCUCUCCGCUCCCCCACCCCAUCAACAUCGUACGACAGUCCGGGCAGUUGAGAAGGCCACCCCGACUUCGUGCCUGCAGCCCAGUUCCUCUUAGGUCUUGGACUGGUGUGGAUCGCUGCUGCCUGUACUGUAAUUUUGGAAAUGCAAGAGAAAGAUAUGUACGUGUAAGCAGGAUUCGAAGCAGUUAAGAAUGUCUCUGCCAAGUCGACAAACAGCUAUUAUUGUUAACCCUCCUCCACCAGAGUAUAUAAAUACCAAGAAAAAUGGGCGAUUGACAAAUCAACUUCAGUAUCUACAAAAAGUUGUCCUAAAGGAUUUAUGGAAGCAUAGUUUUUCAUGGCCUUUUCAACGUCCUGUGGAUGCUGUGAAACUAAAGUUGCCUGAUUAUUAUACCAUCAUAAAAAACCCAAUGGAUUUAAAUACAAUUAAGAAGCGCUUGGAGAAUAAAUAUUAUGUGAAGGCUUCAGAAUGUAUAGAAGACUUCAAUACAAUGUUCUCAAAUUGUUAUUUAUAUAACAAGCCUGGAGAUGACAUUGUUCUUAUGGCACAAGCUCUCGAGAAGCUGUUUAUGCAGAAGUUAUCUCAGAUGCCACAAGAAGAGCAAGUUGUGGGUGGUAAGGAAAGAAUCAAGAAAGGCACUCAACAGAAUAUAGCUGUUUUUUCUGCUAAAGAAAAAUCAUCGCCCAACGCAACAGAAAAAGUAUUUAAGCAGCAAGCAAUUCCUUCUGUAUUUCCUAAGACAUCUCUUUCUCCCUUGAACGUGGCACAAGGAGCUUCAGUCAACUCCAGUUCACAAACUGUGGCACAAGUUACAAAGGGUGUGAAGAGGAAAGCAGAUACAACAACUCCUGCAACUUCAGUAGUUAAAGCAAGUAGUGAAUUUUCUCCAACAUUCACAGAAAAAUCAGUGACAUUGCCACCUAUAAAAGAAAAUAUGCCAAAGAAUGUUUUGCCAGAUUCUCAGCAACAAUAUAAUGUUGUGAAGAGUGUUAAAGUAACUGAACAAUUAAGGCACUGUAGUGAGAUUCUUAAAGAAAUGCUUGCAAAGAAACAUUUUUCAUAUGCAUGGCCCUUUUAUAAUCCUGUUGACGUUAAUGCUUUGGGACUCCAUAACUACUAUGACAUUGUCAAAAAUCCAAUGGAUCUUGGAACUAUUAAGGAGAAAAUGGAUAACCAAGAAUAUAAGGAUGCAUACAAAUUUGCGGCAGAUGUUAGAUUAAUGUUCAUGAAUUGCUACAAGUACAAUCCUCCAGAUCACGAAGUUGUGACAAUGGCAAGAAUGCUUCAGGAUGUUUUCGAAACGCAUUUUUCAAAGAUCCCAGUUGAACCUGUUGAGAGUAUGCCUUUAUGUUACAUCAAAACAGAUAUCACAGAAACCACUGGUAGAGAGAACACUAAUGAAGUCUCCUCUGAAGGGAACUCUUCUGGUGAUUCUGAAGAUGAACGAGUUCAGCGUCUUGCAAAGCUUCAGGAGCAGCUUAAAGCUGUACAUCAGCAGCUCCAGGUUUUGUCCCAAGUACCUUUCCGUAAGCUAAAUAAAAAGAAAGAGAAGUCUAAAAAGGAAAAGAAAAAAGAAAAGGUUAAUAACAGCAAUGAAAAUCCAAGAAAAAUGUGUGAGCAAAUGAGACUAAAGGAAAAGUCCAAGAGAAAUCAGCCAAAGAAAAGGAAACAACAGUACAUUGGUCAAAAAUCUGAAGAUGAAGAUAAUGCUAAACCUAUGAACUAUGAUGAGAAAAGGCAGUUAAGUUUGAAUAUAAACAAACUCCCUGGAGAUAAACUUGGGCGAGUAGUUCAUAUAAUACAGUCAAGAGAGCCUUCUCUGAGCAAUUCCAAUCCUGAUGAGAUAGAGAUAGACUUUGAAACACUGAAAGCAUCAACACUAAGAGAAUUAGAAAAAUAUGUUUCUGCGUGUCUAAGAAAGAGACCAUUAAAACCUCCUGCUAAGAAAAUAAUGAUGUCCAAAGAAGAACUUCACUCACAGAAAAAACAGGAGUUGGAAAAGCGGUUACUGGAUGUUAAUAAUCAGUUAAAUUCUAGAAAACGUCAAACAAAAUCUGAGAAAACGCAACCAUCCAAAGCUGUUGGAAGUGUUUCCCGUCUGAGUGAGAGCAGCAGCAGCAGCAGCUCAUCAGAGUCUGAAAGUAGCAGCAGUGACUUAAGCUCUUCAGACAGCAGUGGUUCUGAAUCAGAAAUGUUCCCUAAGUUUACAGAAGUAAAACCAAAUGAUUCUCCCUCUAAAGAGAAUGUAAAAAAAAUGAAGAAUGAAUGUAUACUGCCUGAAGGAAGAAUAGGCAUCACACAGAUAGAAUGUUCUGUGCAAGACAAAACCUCUGCCAGUACUACCCUUGUUCAUCAGACCACACCUUCACAUGUAAUGCCACCAAAUCACCACCAAUUAGCAUUUAAUUAUCAAGAAUUAGAACAUUUACAGACCGUGAAAAACAUUUCACCUUUACAAAUUCUGCCUCCCUCAGGUGAUUCUGAACAGCUCUCAAAUGGCAUAACUGUGAUGCAUCCAUCUGGUGAUAAUGACACAACGAUGUUAGAAUCUGAAUGUCAAGCUCCUGUGCAGAAGGAUAUAAAGAUUAAGAAUGCAGAUUCAUGGAAAAGUUUGGGCAAAUCCGUGAAACCAUCAGGUGUCAUGAAAUCCUCAGAUGAGCUCUUCAACCAAUUUAGAAAAGCAGCCAUAGAAAAGGAAGUAAAAGCUCGGACACAGGAACUCAUACGGAAGCAUUUGGAACAAAAUACAAAGGAACCAAAAGUAUCGCAAGAAAACCAGAGGGAUCUUGGGAAUGGAUUGACUGUAGAAUCUUUUUCAAAUAAAAUACAAAACAAGAGCUCUGGAGAAGAGCAGAAAGAACAUCAGCAGUCAUUGGAAGCUCAAGAUAAAUCCAAACUCUGGCUUCUCAAAGACCGUAAUUUAGCAAGGGAGAAAGAACAAGAGAGGAGGAGGAGAGAAGCAAUGGCGGGUACCAUUGAUAUGACCCUUCAAAGUGACAUUAUGACAAUGUUUGAAAACAACUUUGAUUAAAACUUAGUUUUUAAAUUAACCAUCAACUUAAAAUGAAUGGUAAAAGAUCAAAAUGCAUGUGGUAAAAUGAUUGCUUUCAGAUACCAAGAUACCAAUCUUAUAUUGUAUUUUGACUGCUCUAAAAUGAUUAAACAGUUUUCACUUACAUUUUUAA